UCUCGUUCGCUGAUUGGAGAGAAGCCACCACUCGCUCUCACCCUCUGACCAAUGACGCUGCCGCACUUCAUUAAGGUCACGAUGCCAUGGUGCAGCUUGGAGGAGUCUUAGGGAAAAGAAAGGCAUAACUGAGGGACCAUAAAUAAGUGGGAGUACACAUCCAUCUUACUCCACUGGUUGCUUUUCUUUCCUCCUCGUCGGGAAUUCCUCGCAGGCGGUCAUGGGUGAACUGAACGCCUCCCGCUGUCUGAAACUCGUGUCAGAUCAGUUCAUCAGCGUGGUGCACAUCUCUGGUACGCCUGGGAACUACCAGUACAGCGGCCCGCUCGUUACCAUCCUGGACAUUAUUUUGCACCACCUGGGCUUCUGUUACGAGUUUCUCCGGGCCAGUGAUCGCUCCUACGGCCUCCUGCGUCCCAACGGGUCGUGGUCCGGCUUGCUGGGGAUGGUCCAGAGAAGGGAGGCUGACUUGACGGGCACAGUCAUUGCCAUUACGGCGGAGGGUCUGCCUGCCUUUGACUUCAGCGAGCCUGUUCUAAUCUCGGAAUACAAUGUGAUAAACGCUCGCCCAGUUGUUACCCCGAACAUGGUAGGCUUUAUCAGGCCUUACACGCCCAUGGCGUGGGCUUUAUUGCUGCUGAGCUCAGUCAUCGUCUCGGCUGCCAUUCUGCUGGUGCUGAGGAGCCACGUCAUCAUGCAGACCAUGGACCGGCCCGGAAGUCUAAGUUACGAAAAAGAAGAGGAAAAUAACAACAGCUGGUUGAGGAGCGCUGAGAGAUCCUCCCUUUGGACUUGGUCUUCCCUGCUGUCUCAUAGUGUGCCGUGGGAGCCUCUGGGGAGUUCGGCGAGGUUGCUGACGGGACUGUGGCUACUGGAGACUUUGAUUCUGUCUUCUGUGUACCGCUCUAACCUGAAGGCGAUGCUCAUUAUUCCAAAAGUGCGGCUCCCCUUUGACAAUCUAGAGGAACUGGUGGAAUCCGGCACCACCCUCGCCAUCUCCAAGGACUCCACCCUGCAGACACUCAUCAUGAACGCGGAAAGCAACACGAGCCUUGGCCGCCUGAAGAAGAGUCUACUAAUAGUCCAUCCUGACCAUGCAUUUCGCUUCAUCGAGGACAUCUACAAGGGCAAAUGGGCGGGCGGGGCUUUCACCACCUCCCUGAAGGCUGCCUUUCACCUGGACUUUUCAGUGAUGGGGAAGUGUCGCGGCUACAUGAUGUCUAGAGGAUUCUUCGGCCCUGCCAGUCUGAGUCUUGCCUUCGCCAAGAGGUCGCCUCUCAUUGGUAAAGUGAACAAAGACAUCAUCACCCUGCGCGAGGCGGGCAUCCUGGAUCACUUGUUCUCCCAGGCUUCUUUCAACGCCACCGAAUGUCUGAAGCCCGUCACCACCAAGCUCACCACGACCAAGGAAAGGCCACUCGAACUCCUGGACUUUUAUGGGGUGUUCUCUCUCUACAUGGCCGGCAUCCUUGUGGCCUUGCUGAUGUUCCUACUGGAGGUGGCCUGUGGCCUUAAAAAGAAGACAGGCACGCGGCGGGCUGGAGUCGCCAGGCAGUGACGCACCGGCUGACGUGUGCAGUGCGAGGGAGGGACUGGUGCCGUGAAGCAUGUCCCUAAAUCACUGACCUUCAUCUUGUGGAUCUUAAUUGACCUGCGUCAUAAUUGUGUUGAUAUUAGUCUGUCGAAUUUAGAGAUAAUUACCUAAUUUAAAUGAUGGUCGGCAGUUAGUCAAAUUAUCUAGAUUGAUAAGGAUGAACCAAUUGAGUGUAAUCUGUCUGAGGAGCGUAAAAAGAGCAUUUACAAUAUAUCUUUC